UUUUUCAUUCCUUCAGCGUAUCUGUAUCUUGUCGCUUGUGGCGCGCUCGCACGUUGUUCGUUGUGUCGGUCAGUGCGCGUUUUUUUAGGCUCUGUUUAUUUCAUUUGCUCAACAUACACCACACAUACAGUUACAGCGAUACAUACACGGUAGUGAUUUGGCGGGCUAGUGUGCGUGUGAAUGUGUGUGAGAGCCUACAACAAAACAUAAUAAAUACAAAAAAGAAGCGAAACGAACGAAAAAGAAUUGGAGUGCGAUACAAAAACACAGUGUAAACUUAAACAACUAAUGCCAAAUAAACAAAUGCAAUUCUAAUACUAUAUUUAACCAAAAGCCGAGUGAAAACACUACACACCAAAUAAAAAAAAGUUGCUGGAAAAGAUUUAAUUGUAAAAAACGAAAAGAAAAAAUUGUGUUUCAUUUGCUUGCUUGCGUUUGCGUGCGCGUGUGUGUAUGUGUGUUGUGUGUAUGUUUGUAUGCGAGUGAGAAGCACAACACAAAAAGGAAAGCAAAGCAGAAGCAGCAGAAAUACACAAAAAAAAAAAUAAAAUGUGCGCCUGGCAGCAGCCGCAGCAGAUGAUGUAAACUUUUUUUGUUGUAAGCAAAAGUUGUAAAGUUUUGUGAAAAAGUUACCCAAAAAACACAAAAACAAAAACUAGAAACACUUGAGAGUGGAGACCGGAGAGCGGAGAGUUAAAGUCAACAGUCGCAGUCGAAGUCGAAGUCAAGUCGCGUAGAGUUUUUGAGUUUAUUGUUGUUGUGAGUGGAGAGUAUUUGGUGUGCUGAAGAAAACAAAAAAGCUUUCAAGAUGCCGGAAACCGAAUACGAGUACUGCACCAAAGAGUGGCUCCAAUCAGAGCUGAGAACCAGCUACGAUGCCAAGGAGCUGAUCAUACUCGACUGUCGCGGCUCUCAAGAGUACAGCGAGUCGCACAUUCGCAGCGCUGUUAACUUUAGCAUACCGAGCAUAAUGUUACGACGCUUUGCCGCAGGCAAGAUCGAUUUGGCCUCCACAAUCAAAUCGCCCGAGCUUAAGGUUCGCAUACAGAUGGGCUACAACGUCAGUCUCUUUAUACUCUACAACGAUGUCGGCGUCUCUGGCUACCAAUCGCAACAACAACAGCAACAGCAACAACAGCCUCAAGAUGUUGCCGGUGCAAUGUUUGGCAAUGGCAACGAUGCAACAAUCAAUGUUCUCCAUCGUCGACUCAAACAGGACGGAUGUCGCGUGGUUGCGCUGCAAGAUGGCUUCUCCAGUUUUCAUCAAGCAUUUCCGGAAUGGUGUGAGGACGACAACCAGGCGCACAGCAAAGAAAUGGAAUCUAGUCGCAACACACAGGCCGAUCAAUUGAUGGGUCUGAGAUCGCUACGCAUUUCCACGCCACAUUCCGAUUCGGCAUGUAGCAGCUCCGGCGAAUCCUCGGACUGCGAGAGCACCACACAUCAUCAUCAUCACCAUCAUCAUCAUAAUUUCAAUGAGGUGCCCGUUGAAAUAGUGCCCGGCCUGUUUCUGGGCAACGCCUCGCACAGCUGUGACUCGAAUGCUUUGCAAAAGUACAACAUUAAAUAUGUGCUGAAUGUGACACCCGAUUUGCCGAAUGAGUUUGAGCAGCUGGGCGUCAUAAAGUAUCUACAAAUACCCAUAACUGAUCACUAUUCCCAGGAUGUGGCCAUGCAUUUUCCAGCCGCCAUACAGUUUAUAGAGGAAGCUCGUCGUGCCAAUUCGGCAGUGCUGGUUCACUGCCUGGCGGGCGUGUCGCGCUCGGUGACGGUGACGCUCGCCUAUUUGAUGCACACUCGGGCGCUCAGUUUGAACGAUGCCUUCAUGCUGGUGCGGGCACGCAAACCGGAUGUCUCGCCCAACUUCCAUUUCAUGCAUCAGCUGCAGUCCUUUGAGAGCCAAUUGCGUCUCAGUUCCUGCUCCGACGGUCAGGCCAUGGACGAGGGCGGCAGUCCGUCGGCGGCGUCAGUGGCCAGCUGCUCUUCGGCCACAACGUUGAGUGCCAAUCCCAGCCUAGUUGCUGCCGCCCGCUGCGGUCGCUCGGGCUCGAAAUUCUCAUGCAAUUGCAUUGCAGCCGACUGCAAGUGCAUGCAAACGGGCGGAUUUAUGGCCGCACAUUUGGCCAAGGCAACGGGCGUGUCACCGGAUUCGGGCAUUGAGUUCGAUCGCUGGACGCCAGCAUCGGAUACGGAACUCAAAUGAGAUCAGCUUGUGGGGAAGAGUUUUGUGCUGCCACCCAGUAGUAGUAGUAAUAGUUGUAGUCAUCAUCAAUGUCAGGACUCGCCAACAACAAUAAUUGCGACCAGUUCGCCGCCACCGGGCAAUGCGGACAACAUGUCGCCGGCCAGUACCACCAGCUCCUCCACGUCCACAACAACCACAGCCGAGGCUGUUUCGGUGGUUGAGCUGGUCCCAGUCAACGUCCUCGAGGAUGGCCGCAAGAACAAGUGCGAAGAGCAGGGAUCGGCUUAAAUCCAGUCUAAUCACACAAAACAAACACAAAACAGAAACAAAGCAAAACUCUUUUUCCUACUUUGGUUGUCCAACACACACACA